UGGUGUUCGAAGGGUUUGGAAGGCAGGCAGGCAGGCAGGCAAGGCAUGGACAUCUGCUCAAAACUCUGUUUAUUUGAUUUCUGGGACAUACAGAAAAAUAUCCAAUCUUUCCGGUAUCAACCAUUUAUGUAUUAUGAACGGGUUUGAGGCCAUUAAUAUUGUCAACGUAGCUUAGCAAGUUCACUUUGUGCAGAUCUACGAGCUUAUCCAACAUACUUUUAGCAUGAGAAGGACUAAAGGAAGAACAGACUCUCCAGACGUUAGUUCACCUAUUGUUGAUGUGGGCGAAGCAACAGGACUAGCUGUAGAAGACAGCCCUUCCACUUCAACUCCAAAAGACAGAAAACACGAYCCUGAGAUGAAGAAACAAGUUACUAUUACAGUUCAACCAGGGGUCAAAGCAAAACCAGUCAAAAAGAAAAGACCGGCACCCUCCGCCGAUCUUGACAUCCAUAAAGAGAUCCAGAAAUGUCGGGAAGAAGGGUCGAGUCGGUUGGAUCUUAGCAAGGCUGCGGUAACUGUUCUCCCCAAGGAACUAAAAGAAUUGACUCAGUUGAAGGAGCUUUAUCUCUACGGCAACCGUAUUGCAACUCUCCCGCAAGAAGUUGGUCUGCUUACCAAUCUAGAGACACUUGCACUCAGCGAAAAUAAUUUAACCACACUGCCAGAUAACCUGGUAAAUUUAACAAAGUUAAAAGUUCUUGACUUGAGACACAACAAAAUAAAAGAGAUUCCUAGUGUAACAUACAAGCUGACGUCACUCACAACUCUUUAUCUCAGAUUCAAUAGAAUUAGCGUCGUAGAACCUGGUAUUGGUAACUUACGGUUACUAGAAAGACUGAGCCUAAGAGAAAAUAAAAUCAAAGUUCUCCCGUCAGUCAUAGGUCAACUUGUUCAUCUUGUAACUCUGGAUGUCUCUCAUAACCACAUAGAGCACUUGCCUGCAGAGAUUGGUAACUGUAUUCACAUGACGUCACUGGACCUACAGCAUAAUGACAUUGCYGAGCUCCCAGAUACCAUAGGCAACCUCAAGUCCAUGUCAAGACUAGGGCUAAGGUACAACCAGCUGAAGUGCUUACCAGAGUCUCUGGUCAACUGUUCUGGAAUUGAUGAAUUCAACAUUGAGGGAAACAAUAUCUCUACUCUUCCUGAGAAGCUUCUUCCUGCACUCAAGAACCUUACGUCACUGGGGCUAUCCAGAAACCACUUUGAAAUAUUCCCUGGAGGACCACCCAAGCAGUUCUCACAAGUGACAAGUUUUAUCAUGGAGCAUAACCGUGUACAGAAGAUUCCCUUUGGGGURUUCAGUAAAGCAAAAUAUUUGGGAAAGUUAAAUAUGAAAGAUAACCAGCUGAGUUCUCUGCCUCUUGAUUUUGGAAGCUGGACCAGUCUUGUAGAGCUAAAUUUUGCAACCAAUCAACUCUCCAAGCUACCAGAGGAUAUCCAGUGGCUUGUCAACCUAGAAGUCUUAAUCUUGAGUAAUAAUUUGUUAAAGAAACUUCCAAGAGGAAUUGGAAUGUUAAGGAAACUAAGAGUCUUUGAUGCAGAAGAAAACAGAUUAGAGUCUCUACCAAAUGAAAUAGAAUAUCUCAGAAGCCUGGAAAGACUGGUUCUGCAGUCCAAUAACCUCACAUCUCUACCAAGAUCAAUAGGAUAUUUAACCAAUGUUUCUUAUAUGAGUGCUGGUGAGAACGAACUAACGACAGUACCUCAAGAAAUAGGUAACAUGGAGUCUCUUGAACAGCUUUAUCUGAAUGAUAAUGAAAACCUACAGUCUCUUCCCUAUGAACUAGUCCUGUGUGGAUCUCUACAGAUCAUGAGCAUUGAGAAUUGUCCACUAAGUACGUUACCAACACAGAUAGUUGCUGGUGGUCCUUCGCUAGUAAUACAGUACUUGAGAUUACAAGGUCCAUACAGUGGUAUGGUUGACUCUGAAGUCCCUUCAUCAGAUGUCUGAACAACUCACCUGCUGUCAAGCCUUCAAUACCUCAAAUAUUUUGCUCAUUUUUCUUUUCAGUUGAAUAUAAAAUACACAUGAUUUUUAUAGAAAAAAGAAUCUUUAUGUCUUAAAAAUAGUUUGUGAGAUGUUGGUACAAUGAACAGAAGUGUUUUUGUAUGAUAGUGAAGCACAACAGCUGACAGUACAGAGAAGGAUUGUUCAGGUCUAUUGAUUGUGCUUUCCACUUAAUUACUUGCCUACUAUUUCCACUMAAUGUGCAAGUUUUAAAUGAAUUUUAUGCUCAGUUACAUACACUGCUUCAUAUCAAAAACUGAACGCUCAUUGAUUCCUGACAUUCUGUUAGCUUCACCUAAAAACUUCACAAAGAUGAAGUCAUGAUGGUAAGCAUGUCUAACAUGUUUGUCUAUCAUACGACACCACCUCUGUCAUAGGUACACAAAGGUAGUUGUGCACUUUAUGACCAGGUGUUGGUCAACAAUCACCUGACUGUCAGCCAUGCAUUGAUCAUGCGUUGGACAAGUGUACACAAGUACACAGUCAUUCAUUCCAACCAUAUGCAUGAAGGUCGAAGAGCCUGUCAAGCUUUACUCUUAGUUUAUUUGUCAUUUGUAAUAGGAGUGUGUAACACACUUCAAUAAUUAAUAUUAUUCUAUUUCCUAGUGCUAUAUAUUUCAAUUUCAAACAAGCAACUCACAAUGAGCGCUGGCAAAGUUUAGCGUGCAUUUAUAUUAUGUAAUAUUAAAAAACAUUACAAAUAUAUAUGUAUAUAGUGUAGACUGCUUAAAUUGAAACAUUGAAAUGCAAUUUAAAGUAUGAGAUUAGAAAUGUUAUAAAAUUU